AUGGUGUACCUACGGCAGGAGUCCCUUGCGGGGCUCAAGCUUUACAAGUACUCGGGUGUCGACCACAGCUUGACGUCCAAGUACAUCCUGAAGCCCUUCUACAACAACAUCGUGUUGCCGUGCUUUCCUAUCGGCAUGGCGCCGAAUCUCAUCACACUCUCCGGCUUUAUGUUCGUCGUUGCGAAUCUCCUCACACUGUUGUGGUACAACCCGGCGCUCGACCAGGACUGCCCGCCGUGGGUGUACUACAGCUGGGCUGUGGGCCUGUUCCUGUACCAGACCUUUGAUGCCGUUGACGGCGCGCAAGCUCGGCGCACGCGCCAGAGCAGCCCUCUCGGUGAGCUUUUCGACCACGGUGUGGACGCCCUCAAUACCUCCCUCGAGGUACUGAUUUUCGCCGCUUCCCAAAACAUGGGCCAGGACUGGAAGACAGUCGCAACCUUGUUUGCAUCCCUCAUGGCGUUCUACGUUCAGACAUGGGAAGAGUACCACACUCACACACUCACGCUGGGCGUCGUCAAUGGCCCCGUCGAAGGCGUCUUAAUUCUCAUCCUGGUGUACGCCCUGACUGGUUAUCUUGGCGGCGCCUCGUUCUGGCAACAGCCUAUGCUGGCUACGCUUGGCGUUCCGUCCAGCAUUAUCAGCCUUGUUCCGUCAGCGCUGCGGGACUUAUCCUUCACCGGUUGGUAUAUGGUGCAGGGGGCGGUCGUGUUGGUGUACAACACGGCCGAGUCGGCCCGCACGGUGCUGCGUGUGUGGCGCAAGGAGCAAAAGGAGGCCAAGGCGAACGGGACGGCAGCCAAGGCCGGAAAGGGAGUCAACCGCGAUAACCACCCCUUCCUUGGCCUACUUCCGUUUGCCAUCACCUGGGCCCUUGUUGUGGUGUACUUGGUGCUGCAGCCUGAGAUCCUGCACUCCCACCUAGUCCCCUUCGUGUUCUUUGUGGGCCUCAUCAACGCCUACUCCGUUGGCCAGAUGAUUACGGCACAUGUUUCGCAUCUGCCCUUCCCUUAUUACAAUGUCUUGGUCCUACCUCUCGCCUGGGGCGUCGUCGACUCCCUUGGUCCGCUUCUACAGCGGAUUGAGCCGGCGGUCGCACCGCUGCUAUUCGGCAGUAGCGAGCCUCCGUCGUACUUCAAACUUGGCUGGCCCAGCGCUCUCGGCGACGGCGUCUACCAGGUUGCAUACAUGUUCUGCAUGCUCGGUAUGGCCGUAGGCGUGUACGGUUCCUUCGUCGUUGACGUCAUUGUCACCAUCUGUGACUAUCUGGACAUCUGGUGCCUGACAAUCAAGCACCCUCAUGUUGAGGGCGAAUUAUCCGACAAGGCCGCCACUGGUGCAACGAGCGGUCAAGCAUCAUCCACGUCCGUUUCUCUAGACACAACAACAGUGCAGAAGAGAAAAUAG